CCACCGCGUGCGUGUGUGUCGCCGUAGUAGCGCAUCUGUCGUCUCGGUGAUUAUACAUUGGAAGUCGGAACGAGAAAUUAAAAGCCUGUCGGGAGUCAACGUUGGAUUUAUCGCAAUCGUUCCAUUCUCGACAUUGGUCGGACGAUCGUAUCGAGGAAAACCGGUUGGUGUCAUCCGGAGUGAAAAUCUGAUCCAGACGUUUGCACAACCAUUGAUCGCGAGGUUAUGGCUAACGGUCAUACGAAGAUGAGGAACGAUCGAUGUUUUUUGACGCGAGCUGAUUAUGUCCGCGAUACGAGGAAUUAAAUUCGGGACUUGGUAUACCAAGCUAAUAUGAUGGAGUUAAAGGUGUGGGUGGAGGGAAUUCAACGCAUUGUAUGCGGCGUUACUGAGACCACCACCUGUCAAGAUGUGGUAUAUGCACUUGCUCAUGCCACAGCUCAGACAGGGAGAUUUACUUUAGUGGAGCGUUGGCGAACUAACGAGCGUUUGCUGGCUCCUUAUGAGAAUCCUCUUAAGAUUUUAAUGAAAUGGGGUGAAUAUUCUUCGGAAGUUCAAUUGAUUCUGAGACGUUCUACACCAGAAAAUAACAAAACAAAUGCAUUACCAUCGCGAUUGACUUUUGCAUCACGUGCAAAUGGAUUACCAAUUUCAUUAUCUGAACAUGGAACAUCAAGUACAGCUAGUAUACAGGAUGAUAGCAAAAAUAUGUCAACCACUCAAAGUUUAGAUUUCGAUGAUACACAAGGAGGAUUAGAGAGGAACAGAGACACCAGGAAGUCACUCACGUUUAGUGGAUUUCAUGGAGGUAUUACAGAGGGUAGCACAGAGAUUCAAAUGGAGAACAAUGUAGCUGUAGUUCAGCCCACGCCACAUUUGAAGAAUAAAGAUUUAAACGUUCGAAAAAAUAUACAAAAACCAGCACAGUCACCUACACGAGGAACCAAUACUGAAAUUGCAACACAAAAAAAGGUGCGCGAAGUUCCACCUUAUAGAGAACCUCCAGGUCCAGCUUCGCCGCCCUUGCGCACCUUGCCACCUUACCGAGAUCCACCGCCGCCAAAUUUGAACAGUCCCGGAAGAUCGCAAUUUGCGCAUGGUAGUGGAAGUCCUCAUGUGCAUAAAGAUGAUCAGCCAUCUUCUAGUAAUUCCAUGAAAUUGAAAAGAAAUCUUAUCCAGGAAUUUCAAGAUAAAGUGCCUACGCAAUCUGUUAAUCCACUCUCUGUUACGUCACAAAAUAUGACAACUGUUGCUUACACUCAACGAUACGUUGAACUUAUAAGACUAGUCAAUAAGCAACGGGACACUAUUAAUGCUCAACAAGCUGACCUAACAAAAUUUGAUGCAGAAAUAUUAUAUUGGGAAACAAAGAAUAGGGAACAAAUGCAUCAAAUGGAUUAUAUUUCUCAAGAAAUGAAUCGCAUCGAAUCUACUGGUCGUAUCAUCGAGGAACAACUCAAAGAAUUGGCUCACGUAGAAGAAGAAAGCGAAAUAGUUAGGCAGCAGGAAAAAACACUAAAGUCAGAAAUAACAUUGCUUAGAUCAAAGCUUGCCAAUUGCGAAACGGAACUCCUUCAAUGUAAAAAUAAGAUUAGGUUAGUUAUGGAAGAGCUUGCAAUGGAACAACACAAUAUAACCCGCGAGACAGACGAGCGGCAAAUUAUGGAACGGAAAAUAAUUAGCGAAGUGGAGCAUUUACAAAAUGAAGUAGAACAAGCUAAACGCGCAACUGAAUUAGCUUCGCAACAUGCAGAUUCUUUAAAAUUAGAAGUAGUUAACCUGGAGUCAGCAAUUGUCGACAAAAAGCUACAAGUAGAGAGAUUGGUAGCUGAUAUGAAGGAAGCAAAUCUGCAAAGUUUAGCUGCUGCUUGCUCAGAUGAGCAAGUCAAAUCUUUAUUAGAAGGUGCCCAUAAACCUGGAAGUACACGUAAAAUGAUAGGCUCACCAAGGCAGUUAGAAACUGCAGUGCCCACAAGUAAGAAUCCACACGGUGUGUGGGUAUAAAUAAAGAAACCAAUAUACCUGAUAAUACUGUCUUACAUGUGAGAAAGCAUAUCAAAGAAUAUACAUUAAAAUAUUUGUAUGUUAUAUUUUUUAGUAAAGUACGUAAAGUACUUAAUCUUUCUACAUAUCUUUUAUGCAUUUAUUUCAGUAAUAUGAAAUAGUAUUAUUAUGUGUGUCAUAAGUUUUUAUUUUUAUAUAUCUUAUUAAUCCGUCAUUCUAUUUAUAUUCACAAAAUAUAUUUGCGAGAUUAUUAAUCAAAUUUAUAAAUUAUUACAUAAAUUACUCAUAUUUUUGAGAAUACUUAAUAUAUUUUUACAUUUACUCUUGCAUGAUUAUUAGAAAAAAAAGAAAGUUAUUUUGCUUUUGAAUAUUAUAUGAAUUUGUUAACAAAUUAUGAUCGAAUAUAGUGUUUCGGAUGUAUAGAUAGAUUAUGUAUAAGAAGUAGUUAAGUCUAAAAAUCAAAAUUAUUAGUACGCUCUAUUUUAAUUGUGUACUUACAUAUAGCUAUCUUAUAAUUCUUUUAGUAUUAAGAAAUAUUUUGCCAUAAUAGAUUUAAUUAUGGUUUUUAUUUUUUUUAGAUUAAUCGAAAACCUUUUUAAGAAUUAAUAUUAAUAAUCGAUCUAAUUACAUAAUAUUUUUAUGAUUUAUUAAUGCCAUAUUAACCGUGAAACUGUAAAAGAGUUUGAGAAGUUUACAUCUGAAAUAUAUUAAUCAGAAAAAUCAAUGUUUAAAUUGCAAAAGAAUUUGUUUAUUCAAAAAUUCUUUAAAUUUGAAAGUUUGCAAUUGAUUUUAAUAUAUAAAGAUGCAUAAUUUCAAAAAUAUAAUUUGAUGCAAUUUAAUUUACAAUUCUGCGGUUUUGGCAUAGCAUCGACAAUAUACAAUUAUACAAAUACAUAAUUUUUAUAGAUAAAUCUCAAGUAUUUUUAUGACUCAUUGAUAUUUUUAUUAAGAACAUUUAUUUUGUGUAUCUAUAAGAUUACACCGUUAGAGUUAAAAUACAUCUUAUAGUAUUAAACAGAAAUAUUAUAAUCAAUGUCUACAAUGUAUUUGAACAGCAUAAUUGUGCAAUAAUUGAUCAUAUGAUGUUUAUCUGGAAAACAACAAUGUAUUUUUACGUGCAUACAUUCAUAUAUACAAUUUAUGCGUUCUAUAAUAGUAUUGUUCUAGUAAAACAGUCCUAGUUUAAUUACUCUAAUUAAAUUUUUCUGGCUGAAAUAAAUAUCUGUUGCAUA